CAAUUUUUUUCACAGAGAGAAAGGCAGAUGGGGUCAUUUGCAGACGACGAUUACGAUUACUUGUAUAAGGUGGUUCUUAUUGGAGAUUCAGGUGUCGGUAAAUCCAACCUUUUGUCACGAUUUUCCAAGAACGAAUUUAGCCUCGACUCCAAAUCUACAAUCGGGGUUGAAUUCGCCACACGUAGCAUUGAAGUUGAUGGCAAGAUCAUCAAGGGCCAAAUCUGGGACACCGCCGGACAAGAAAGAUACCGAGCCAUCACAAGCGCUUAUUACCGAGGAACAGUGGGUGCGCUAAUUGUGUACGACAUCACCCGAAAAGUAACAUUUGAAAAUGUGGAGCGAUGGCUAAGGGAGCUUCGAGAUCACACGGAGCAAACCAUUGUGGUCAUGCUCACCGGCAACAAGGCUGAUCUAGGUCACUUACGAGCCGUUCCAACAGACGAAGCCAAGGCGUUCUCAGAAAGAGAGGGUGUGUUUUUCAUGGAAACAUCGGCUCUUGAGGCGCUAAAUGUCGAAAAAGCUUUCACGGAAUUACUGUCACAGAUCUAUCGCGGUAUGAGCCGAAAGGCGCUUGGCAUGGGUAAUGACCCCGCGCUUGUACCCAAGGGAGAAAUGAUAAAUAUUGGAAGUAAAGAUGAUCAUGUGUCUGCAGUGAAGAAAGCCGGGUGUUGCUCUAAGUGAGUGUUUCGGGUUGAACACCACGAACUAGCGAUAUCAAGGCGUGUGAAUAUUAGUCCUAUCAACAAUCUUUCCCUAUCGAGUUUUUUUUUUCU